CCCGGCCCCAGCCCCGGUCCCGGCCCCCAGCCCCGGCAGCGUCUCUCAGGCCGCGCCGGUGGAUGCGGCCGGGCCCCAGGUGGAUCCGAACCGCUCCGGGAUGUCGGACCCGAGCUGCUGGGGAGCCCGGUCCGGUUACAGGAGCCCGCGGGCCGCCGGCGCCCUGCUCCAGCGCUCCAAGAGUUGCCGAAGCAGCAAUAGGAAGAGCUUAGUGGUGGGCACUCCCUCUCCCACCCUCUCGCGGCCUCUCUCCCCACUUUCUGUGCCAACAGCAGGGAGCAGCCCCUUGGACAGUCCACGCAACUUCUCUGCCAGCACCUCCAUCAACUUCCCCUUUGCUCGCAGCCAUGCUCCUCGGACUGACAGGGCUGAUGGCAGAAGGUGGUCACUGGCUUCGUUACCCUCCUCUGGCUAUGGGACCAACACCCCCAGCUCCACGGUAUCGUCAUCUUCGUCCUCCCAGGAGCGCCUGCACCAGCUGCCGUACCAGCCCACCCCCGACGAGCUGCACUUCCUUUCUAAGCACUUCCGCAGCACGGAGAGCGUCACGGACGAGGAGGGCAGGCACUCGCCCUGCCUGCGCCCACGGUCACGCAGCCUCAGCCCUGGACGGACGAGUGGAACGUUUGAUAAUGAGGUGGUGAUGAUGAACCAUGUCUACAAAGAGAGGUUCCCCAAGGCUACAGCCCAGAUGGAAGAGCGUCUGCAGGACACCAUCAGGAACUUCUCUCCCAGCAGCACCCUGCCCCUGGCCGAUGGGGUGCUGGGCUUCAUCCACCACCAGAUCAUCGAGCUGGCCCGUGACUGCCUGGCCAAGUCCCAGGGAGCUCUCAUCACCUCCCGCUACUUCAUGGAGCUGCAGGAGAAACUCGAGAAGAUGCUUCGGGAUGCUCAGGAGCGCUCGGAGAGCGAGGAGGUGAAGUUCAUCGACCAGUUGGUGAGGAAGCUGCUGAUCAUCAUCUCCCGCCCUGCUCGCCUGCUGGAGUGCCUGGAGUUUGACCCGGAGGAGUUUUACCAUCUCCUGGAAGCAGCAGAAGGCCAUGCCAAGGUGGGCCAGGGGAUAAAGACUGACAUCCCCCGGUACAUCAUCAGCCAGCUGGGGCUCGUCAAGGACCCACUGGAGGAAAUGGUGCAGCUGGAUCACUUUGACAGCGGGAACACCAUCACACCAGAGAACGAUGAUGCCUCUGAGAGCCAGCCUUUGGCCACUGCUCCUCGGAGGAAGCCCUGUGAAGGAGACUUUGAGACCAUCAAGCUGAUCAGCAAUGGAGCUUAUGGGGCUGUGUACCUGGUGAGGCACCGGGAGACGCGGCAGCGCUUCGCCUUGAAGAAAAUCAACAAGCAGAACCUCAUCCUGAGGAACCAGAUCCAGCAGGUGUUCGUGGAGAGAGACAUCCUCACCUUUGCAGAGAACCCCUUCGUGGUCAGCAUGUUCUGCUCCUUCGAGACGAAGCGACACCUCUGCAUGGUGAUGGAGUAUGUGGAAGGGGGGGACUGUGCCACGUUGCUGAAGAACAUGGGGCCACUGCCAGUUGACAUGGCCAAGAUGUACUUCGCUGAGACUGUCCUGGCUCUUGAGUACCUCCAUAACUACGGCAUCGUCCACCGGGACCUCAAACCUGACAACUUGCUCAUCACCUCCAUGGGACACAUCAAGCUGACAGACUUUGGUCUGUCAAAGAUUGGCUUGAUGAACAUGACCACAAACCUCUACGAAGGGCACAUGGAGAAGGACACUCGGGAGUUCAUGGACAAGCAGGUGUGUGGCACUCCAGAGUACAUUGCCCCAGAAGUCAUCCUCAUCCAGGGCUACGGGAAGCCUGUGGACUGGUGGGCCAUGGGCAUCAUCCUCUACGAGUUCCUGGUGGGCUGCGUCCCCUUCUUUGGAGACACCCCCGAGGAGCUCUUUGGGCAGGUGAUCAGCGAUGAAAUCAUGUGGCCAGAAGGGGACGAGGCUCUUCCCGCAGACGCCCAGGACCUGAUCAUGCGGCUGCUGAGACAGUGUCCCCUGGAGCGCCUGGGCACCGGAGGUGCCCACGAGGUGAAGCAUCAUUCCUUCUUCCUGCACCUGGACUGGAACGGGCUGCUGCGGCAGAAGGCUGAGUUCAUCCCCCAGCUGGAGUCAGAGGAUGACACCAGCUACUUCGACACUCGCUCCGAGAGGUAUCGCCACUUGGACUCGGAGGAUGAGGAGACCAACGACGAGGAGUCCUCGGUGGAGAUUGGGCAGUUCUCCUCCUGCUCCCACCGCUUCAGCAAGGUGUACAGCAGCUCCGAGUUCCUGGCAGUCAACUCCAACCUCAGCCUCUCCUCCUCGGACCGGAGCCACUGCGAUGACAAAGAGGAGCGGUGGGACAGGCACUCAGGAGACGAGGACAGGAGCCGGCCGGCGGGUCCAGAGCCGCGGCUCCGCUCAUGGACGUCCUGCAGCUCCACACCAUACACCUCCCGUCACGAGCGAAGCCGCAGCCCUGCCGCACUGCCCAGCACCUACAGCCUGGACACCAUGCCCAAGUUUGCCUUCUCCUCAGAGGAUGAGAGCCCUUGCGUGGCAUCCUCCAAGCCAGAGAAACCCAAGUUUGUGCUGGGAGACCCUGAUGUGGGGACUGGCAGCACAGUGAAGCCAUCAGGAUUAUCCGCCGAUCUCGCCAGCCUGAACCGCAUCCGUCUGCGGAGCAACAGCACCGGGACCAAAAACUCCACUCCCCAGGGCCUGGAGCCAAGCGGGAGCCGUCGGCUGAGCUGCCAGAAGGAGAUGCCCGACAGGCAGAGAGCUGUGCUGGGCAGCCGUGUCCCCAAAUCUGCCUCCAUCUCAGCCCUGUCCCUCAUCAUCACCUCAGAUGACUUUGGUGGUGGUGCCUUGAUGAGCCCCAUCUCCCCUCACUCUCUCUCAUCCAACCCCUCCUCCCGUGACUCAUCCCCCAGCCGAGACUCAUCCCUCGCCAUCGCCAGCCUUCGCCCCCCCAUCAUCAUCCACAGCUCAGGCAAGAAGUACGGCUUCACGCUGCGAGCCAUCCGCGUCUACAUGGGCGACAGCGAUGUCUACACCGUGCACCACAUGGUCUGGAGUGUGGAAGAGGGAAGCCCAGCACAGGAGGCAGGGCUGAGAGCAGGAGAUCUCAUCACACAUGUGAAUGGUGAAUCCGUGCUGGGCUUGGUGCACCGAGAUGUUGUGGAGCUGCUGCUCAAGAGUGGGAAUAAAGUGGCCCUGAGGACCACUGCCCUGGAGAACACCUCCAUCAAAAUUGGCCCCGCUCGGAAAAACAGCUCCAAGACGAGGAUGGCACGGAGGAGUAAGAAGAGCAGGAAAAGGGACGGCCAAGACAGGAGAAAAUCCCUUUUCAAGAAGAUCUCCAAGCAGUCAUCGGUGCUGCACACCAGCCGCAGCUUCUCCUCGGGUCUCCACCACUCGCUGUCCUCCAGCGAGAGCCUCCCGGAGUCGCCCACACACAGCCUGUCCCCGGGUCCCACCACACCCUGCCGUAGCCCUGCUCCUGACCUGCCCCCAGAUGCUGUGUCCCCACAGAGCACCUCGCCCUCCUCCAGCACCCCAACGUCGCCCGCUGGCCACGUGCGCCCCAGCUCCCUGCAUGGCCUGGCACCCAAGCUGGGUGGGCAGCGCUACAAAGUGGGACGUCGCAAAUCCACCAGCAGCAUCCCCCCAUCCCCCCUUGCCUGCACCCCUUCCUCUGCCCAGCGCCCGCCUUCUCCUCAGCGCUCCCCAUCCCCACUCCCUGGGUACCCCAAAGCCCCCCACACCUUCCAGGGCAAGACCCUGUCGCCCCCCACCAUCGUGCGGCAGAGCUCACGGCCCCGCAGCGCCGACUGCCCUCGCUCUCCGCUCCUCAAGCGCGUCCAGUCGGCCGAGAAGAUUGUCACCAUCCUGGCGGAGAAGAAAACCGGCGCCGGCGGCCGCAAGCUGGGGGUGGAGAUGCCUGGGGUGGACGGGGAGGCCAUCGGGGAGGGCGAGGCACCGGCGUACCCCGGGGAGCACGGUUAUCACCCCGGUAGCGCCCGGCUUGGGGAGAGGCACGACCGGGACCAGGAGGUGGUGGUCAUGCGGCGCUUGAACCUGUCGGAGCGCAGGGACUCCUUCAAGAAGCAAGAAGCGGUUCAGGAAGUGAGUUUCGACGAGCCGGAGCCGGCACCGGCAGGCGAGGAUGGCGGCAAGAGCGAGGCCGAGCAGAGCGCAGCUCUCCGGGGAGGCUCCGCGGACCCCCGGCCAAAGCCCAGCCAAGUCCCGCAAAUCGCUGUGCAGGGCUCCGAGAGCGACGAGCAGGAGCCAGCGGUGGCCGAGUGGGAAUGCCAGGGCUCCUACCCCAUCGGCGACGCCGAGCAGGCAAGCGGCAGCAUCCCUGGGGGGAAGCAUCGGGACCGCGACUCCCGGCAGCACCGGAACUGUGGGGAGAGAGCAAGCAGCCACCAGCAGCCAGCGCGGGUGCCACUUGCACGGGGCCAGGAGCCGGUGGGUGCCCAGCUCCCAGCGCCCCGGGGCAGCACAUGGAGUGGAGCUGGGCACGCCUGAAUCCCACCCCAGCGCUUGAGGCUGGGUGCAAGCUGCCCGCAGCCUCCCAGCACCUCCCCGAACCCCCACCCCACGUGGCAUACCCAUGAGAGGAAGGUCCCUGGAGCCGUUCUGGACGUUGGGCUGGCUGCGCCCCGGCACUGCGCCUCCCCUCCGCAGGGUUUUUGUACUCCCCAGAAGAUUCUCCUAUUUUUCUAGAGACGCGGGAGCUGUUCCGGCCGCGGCGGCUCCGCGGCAGGGCCCCAACCUUCGUGUACAGAAAGGACUCGAUGCAAAUAUUCCUGAAUUAAUUUAUUACUUUUUAUAAGCUAAGCAGGCAGUGCAGGAGCAUCUCAGGCUCCCACCUGGCCUGGGAGAGGGCAAUCCCAGGCUUCUUCCUGCGUCUCCCAGUUGCUGACAUCCCAUUUUCUAAGACCCACUCACUUUCCCCUUCUCCUUAACUUCAGUUUCAACUAAAACCACCCCAAAGCUCCCAAGAAACCUCUGUUGUGGGGGAGGAAGAAUUCUAUUUAACAUGAAAAAAACAACCCUUAAACCAACCCACCGAGCCCCCCCAAAAUGCUGGUAGCCCAAGCUGGGAUGCACUGGGGUGAUGUUAGCUGUGGAUGUUCAUCAUCUGAUGCUGGUCAUAGAUCAUUUUAGGAGCCCAGGAUUGGUGCAGAGGGUCUCAUUCUUCUACGGAGAGCCUCCUGGCUCCAUCAGCCCUUCCAGGUAGGAAAAGCAAAGUAUGUGUCCCCCAGCAGGAUUUUUAGGGGCACUUUUGUCUCUUGCCAUUUUCUGUCCCCACACCCCACGGUGUUUGGUGCAUACUGACACCCACAACAUGCCAAUGUUCAGCUUUAAAAACCUGACCCCAAGCCAGCAGCCUUGGUUGGAAUUUGGACAUCUUCCCCCACCUCUUCCUCCCCUUUUGUUGUUUCUUAUCCAACAAACUGCAGCUCAGCCUGGCUUUCCCCACCUGAUUUCUACUGUUUUCUAUGACCUAAACGUUUCCAUUUGCUGAUGCAUGUAACCAGCCUCCCUCCAGCACCCUGCCAGUGCUGGGAGGACUGACCCCAGUUUGCCAACCGAGGUGCAGCACCAUGCCACCACCAACGGGUGUAUUUUCUACCCCUGAAAGCAGCCAGUUGGGUUUUUUUGGCCGUGUUGGGUUAUUCUGUGCGUGUGUGGUUUGUGCCAGGCUCUGUGCCCCGCUUCUGCCGUUAGCCCAGCGCUGUUUCACCCCAAACCCCAGCAGCCAGAGCUGCUCCACGUUUCCUUUGUUUCCUCUUCUGUUGUCUGUGUUACGGUCUCAGGAAGGCAGCGGGGUUUGGGGACACACACCGGGCACCCCCUGCCCACCAGAGCCGUGUGAGAGGAGUUUGUCUGUGUACUGGCAGUAUGGAUGUGGUGGGGAAAAGGGGUUUGGAAUGGAAAAUGUCUUCAAAGCUAAGGGAAAAAGGUUUUUGGAAUGGAAAAUGUCUUCAAAGCUAAGGGGCCUGUGUCUUCCUGCCCAGCACCCGGCUCCAUUCCCACCUUUGGGAAGUUUUAUGUUGUAUUAAAAUUGUUUGUUGCCAUGA